CUGGAGAGAGAGCGACCCGCGUGUGGGGAGAAAGUCCAGGUCCAACCCAGAGAGAGAGAGAAGGGAGGAGGCGGUGGUGUAAGAUAGAAGAGAGAGAAGAGGAAUUUGCAUCAAUCUUGCAACCAGGGGAAAAGUGAAGGAUGCAAUAAAAAGUUGGCGCGGAAAUUGCACCGUCCGCAACAGAAAUACCAACCAGAUGGCUUGGUUCUGCAACCAAGGGGGCAACGCGUCUGUGAACGGCUCCGGGGUCCGCCCGGGCAACGCCAGCUCUCCGUGCGACCCCUCGGCCCCUCCGCCGCCGCCGCCGCCGCUGGUGGUGGUGAGGAACGAGCUGGUGGCGCGCGUGGAGGUGGCCGUUCUGUCCGUCAUCCUGGUGCUGGCGCUGAGCGGCAACCUGGGCGUGCUGCUGGCGAUCCGCUCGAGCCGCCGCAAGCCCUCCUCGCGGAUGUUCUACCUGGUCAAGCACCUCAGCAUCGCCGACCUGGUGGUGGCCGUCUUCCAGGUGCUGCCCCAGCUCAUCUGGGAGGUCACCUUCCGCUUCCAGGCGCCCGACUUUCUCUGCCGGGCGGUCAAGUACCUGCAGGUGGUCGGCAUGUUCGCCUCCACCUACCUGCUGAUCGUCAUGUCCAUUGACCGCUGCCUGACCAUCUGCCAGCCGCUCAAGUCCCUGCAGCAGCGCUCCAACAGACCCUAUGUGGUCUGCUCCUGGGUGGUCAGCCUCCUCUUCAGCAUCCCCCAAGUCUUCAUCUUCUCCCUCAAGCAAGUGGUGCCAGGGGCCUACGACUGCUGGGGGGACUUUGCCCAGCCCUGGGGAGCCCGGGCGUACGUCACCUGGAUCACCCUGGCCGUCUAUGUGCUGCCCGUCAUCGUGCUCGCCGUCUGCUACUCGCUCAUCAGCCUCAAGAUCUGGCGCAACGUCAAGUUGAAGACCCAGCGGGAGGCCCGCGCCUCCUCGUCCUCCCCGUCCGCCGCCGGCAGCCUCAUGCUGUCCCGGGUCAGCAGCGUCAAGAUCAUCUCCCGCGCCAAGAUCCGCACCGUCAAGAUGACCUUCGUCAUCGUCCUGGCCUACAUGGUCUGCUGGACGCCGUUCUUCGUCGUGCAGAUGUGGAAGGUGUGGGACGAGCACGCCCCUGAAGAGAAUUGGCUGUUUGUCAUCGCCAUGCUGCUGGCAAGUCUCAACAGCUGCUGUAACCCCUGGAUCUACAUGUUCUUCACUGGCCGGCUGUUCCACGACCUGGUCCAGCGACUGCUCUGCUGCUGCUCCCCGAAGCUCAGCAAACCCGAGCAGCCCAGCAACGAGCUGACCUGCAGCAAGAAAAGCAACUCCUCCACCCUCGCCAUCAGCCUCAAGAGCUCGGGCAGUCAGAAGAGCCUUUCACUUCAUCAGCAGCAUGAGCAGUAAAGCAAGUCCUGGGCAACUCUUUCUUUGUGUGUAUGUUUCGCGAGGGCCAGACUGCCGAGGCCUUUCUCUAUGUUUCCCAGGCCUUUAUCCAUGAUGUAAAAUGCUGUGCUAACUAUGAGCGAUAAGUUCUAAUUCCUCUCCAGUGGAUUUUGAUGCACUGACAAAAGCAUGUCCUUAUAGUGGCUGGGUCCUGUGGGCUAUGCUCCACCAGGAGAAGGCAGCUAGCGGAGAUUAAAUAACGAGAGGAAUGCGGUGGUACAAUGGUUCCUGUUCCUGACUGGUAUUCAUUGAUGCUUUGUGUCCAUUGGGCAUUUACACAGCUACCCUGCUGACAAAACAGGAUGGGUUGGUGAAGGCCUAGCCGGGAGAGUGGAGUAGAUAACUUUAAACAGCCUGGUCAGGAAUACUGUGGCACACCUCUGAAGCGGGUAGGACAUGAUCCCAGGCCUUCUAGUGGGACAUUACCACUGGGCCACAAGAACCCUUCUCAGGGGAACGGAUGCUUGGGUUAACACCCUCAGUUGUUGGGGAUGCAAGUGGACGGUGGUGUGACCAGGAAACAAACAAGCACCUUUCUGAUGUCCUGUGACAGCCAGCACUAGCCUGACUAAGGUUGUGACAAUGAUUUAAGCAGGUCCCCCUCUGCAUUUUUGUGCCUUCUCACCAUCUCCACACCAGCAAUUUGAAACAACCAUUGGUCUGUACAAGUAGGCUUUUUUUUUCCAGAGUGCCACUACAUACUUGUUGUCAGUUUGUGUUUCUGUUGUGUACUAGAAUGCUUAUUCUGUAUUUAUUUUGAUUGGUGUUGAGGCAUUUUUUUCUGGGCAUUUACUCAUGUCAUGUUACUAGUUUGUAAGACGUGUGGGAGUUGGUGGGGAGGGAAACAAUGUACCCUUUUGGACAUUUUCCCUGAUCCAUGAGCCGUAACUUCAGCUCAUUGAUACUUGUUUGAAUUAUUUUCCAGAUAGCUGGAUAUAUGGGAUGAUGCAAUAUUUUCAUUGAGCGACCUUGAAGUCAGGUAUCUCCAAACAUUUGGUCCCUUCGGAUUAGAGGUUAUUGAUAAGGCAAUGCAUGGAGGGGACGUGAGUGAUUAAGUUUCAUUAUCCUCUGCCUGAAAAAUGGAAGGUUGUUCCGUUUAUCCCUGUAGCUUUAUUUCUAUAACACUGGUGAUCUUAUUUGUUGAAGGUCACCAUUCAGAUUGGCUAUAAUUUAAUGAAAUGGUAUAGUAGGCUUAAGGAAUGUUAUGGCCUAAUUCAGAUGUAACAUCGGUAACAUUGGUAGUCAUUCAAAGGAAUAAAGAUGGAAAGUAUGUUCCACUCAAAAAGAUUGUAGAUCCCAAAAUGACUCACAAUUCCCAAAAGCGCUGGACCAAAUUAUCACUCUCUAUGGAUUUCUUCAUAUUCAUCUUCAGUGCUGAACAGGAUUAUCAAUUAGGUCUUUGAGGUGUCAUCUACAAUGGGAUGUUAGAGACUAACCUAAGGACUUGGAACUGAGAUGAGGAGGAAUUGCUUUGUUCUUGUGAAUGGUGCAUCUUUGGGAUUCUGUACCCCAGACAGCUGUGGAAACUCGAUCACUGGGGACAUCCAAGACAGAACUUCCUACAUUUCUAGGUACUAAUUACAUUAAAGGGUAUGGCGAUAGUUCAGGGAAGUAGCAUUAAGAUAGCUGAUCGGCAUGAUCUAGAAUGACAGAGCAGAUUAAAGAGGCAGAAAGGCCUACUUCUAUCUCCCUUGUUCCUGUAGCCCAAACGUAAAGAAUUUUCCAUGGGCCCUGUGAGUAUCCAAUUUCGAGAAUCUAAAGCGCACGUUAGGGAUGGGAUAGAGUGCAACAAUCAUAAGAGUCUGGGAUAUUUGGGAGGAGUUGUGGCUCUUCCUAUCUUGGAUAAGGUAAUUUGGAUAUAUAUGGGAUAGAGGAAGAAGUUACUGAGGUGAAAGACAAAAUUAUAAAAUGCCAUUGUGUUCUGAGAUGAUAU